AUGACGACGGCCCCGUCUUCGGGCUCUUCUCGGCCUGCAACUCUAUCUGCAUCAGAAUCAGCACCAACGCAAGACUCAUCGUCAUCUGCCGGGGAAGUCCCUAUCGUUCCUACUGUGGAGGUUCAGCACUUGGCCCGCUUUGAGUUCAGUGAUGCUGGUACAAAGGUUCUUAUGGUGGAAUGGUAUCCCGAUGCCGUUCCAGGCCCCGCUGCAUCUGCCGAUCCUUCCACCAACUCCUCCGGUGUGAACUCUGCUCCGGCUACCGAUAAGGUCUCCGCAACGGGGCCGGCUUCGGACUCUGCUCCGGAGGAAAACAUAGACACCGUCGACAACGCCUCCUGGCAAGUGUCAUGGCCCGGCAAGUCUACUAAUCUUCCUGCACCCGAUCUUGAACCUGCUCCGGACGCGGGAACUUCCCCUGAGUCCUCAACUCGACGACGUCGCCGCCGGGUCUUCUUUCUGCUUCCAGCCAAUGCCACUGUUCCUUCUACCAUCACCAUCACCCCGCCCGGCGCGCCCAGCUUGAACCUUAAGCCAUUACCGGCUAUCUUUCCCCCCGGCCUUGCCGCUGAUCCAGGAAAUCGAGGAGUUCUGCACACAUUGUGGGCCCGGCAACGGCUGGCAGCAAUAGAUCGUGAGAUCGCAGAUGAGUUACGCAACAAUGCCGAGGGUGUAGGGGUUGAAAUCGCACUCGAAGAGAGGAGAUGGAUUCUCGAAACAUUCAUCAAUCCACCUCAGUUACCUGCUGAUUCACACCCUCAUCCGGCAGCCACCCGUUCAACAACGGGCCGUUUAGGAGAUAAACUCAAGGGUCUCAAGCUGGCUACAUCACCUGCAGAUCUAACGCCCAGCACAACAGCCAACACCUUCAUGAGUCCUAUAAGCCAGUCUCAUCCAUUUCAACCCCAAGGCCGUGAUAUUGCUGUAUCUUCCCAUGAAGCCAUGUCCACCAAUGCACCUGCAGGCCCCAUCUCACUCAACGCUGCACUACAUGGCGAUAUCAUCACUGCUGCUUCGGCGCCUGCCAGAUCUAUGGGGCACGAUGACGACGACGGUCUAUUUGCUUUGCCCAUGAGCCCUCGUAGUCCAGAUAUGAAGAAGAGUCCUUUCAGUGCUUUGUAA